CGUCUCGUUUGCAGGUUCCGGUGUUACCGCUGUCGACCCGGUCCCGCCCCUCCAGAACGGACCCGAAUCGUGGCUCCGGCAAUGCCCGCGAUUAGCAGCCUGGUCCCGGCCCGCUUUCUCACGCUGACCGCUCACCUGGUCAUCGUCAUCACGAUCUUCUGGUCCCGGGACAGCAACGUGCUUGCUUGCUUGCCUCUGCAGUACACACAGGAGCAGUACCAAGCAAGGGAUACGGAGUUGAUCGUGGCUCUCUCUGUCACUCUGGGCUUGUUUGUGAUCGAGCUGGCCGGCUUCCUGUCUGGCGUUUCCAUGUUCAACAGCAGCCAGAGCCUCCUCUCUCUGGUGGCUCACUGCAGCGCCUCUGUCUGCCUCUCCUUCUUCGUGUUCCAGCAGUGGGAGUGCUGGACCUACUGGUACAUGUUCGGGUUCUGCAGCGCUCUCCCGGCGGUGAUGGAGAUCGUGAUUUUCAUCGCGGUGUUUGGUCUCAAAAAAAAAGCGCUGUGACCUGGACUGUAGAAUCAGCACAGCAAUAAACUCGGCACGGCACGGCACGGCACGGCACCAGCUUUAAAUCCAUUUCCACUGCUGUGCUUUUACUGUGGGAAUGUCUGUAAGGGCCCUUCCUUCUAUAUCUAUAUCAGCACUUCUCAAACCCGGUCCUGGGGACCCCCUGUGGCUGCUGGUUCUCAUUCCAACCCAGCUCUCAAUUACUGAA